UGAUAGCCCGGCCCGUGAACGGAACGUACACGGACGGAUCGGAUCGAAUCGAAUCGCUACGGAACGAAAAGUAAAGCAAACGAUCGGCGGAAGAUCGAUGUGAACAUAAUAUAUAUGGUACGGAUGGGUGCCAAACCAAAGCAAUUGGACCAAUAGACAGAGGAAAUAGACUUUUUGCUGAGUCAACCCGAUAUUCAGAUUGCACGGUAUCCGAGUUGUGCGGCAUUAGGUAACCUUAUACAUCACAACCGGACCGCUCUAAUCAAAAACGCGCCGUAUCAGCAGAACCGUCGGCAGAAGCUCGCAGAAUAUGAAGCCUUUGUGUCAGUUGUCCAGUCGCUCUUAGCCAAGUGUUCCUAUGGUGUUAACAAGUGGUUGACAAUGCGGCUGGUACCUUAACUGGAAAUGGAUCCGAUGCCUUGUGAUUUGCGGUCUGUUUCUGGCCUCAUCUGGCUAUUGAUUCUCAUUUGUUUCUGCGGCUUGGAUCAAUCCAGUGGUUUCUUUGUGGACUAUACAGAAAACACUGAACUGAUACAACAAAGAGCCGGCUUCGAUGUCAAGCUUCAGUGUAAUCUAAAGGGAUUGGUGGACGACAGUAAGCUCGCGGACAUCAAGAUACAUUGGUACUUCAAGCAAUGCAGCGACAAUAAUUGCCACAAGCUGGAGUCAAUUGAUGACUGGACGGCUCUGCCCUGUGAGCCAAGUCUUUGCCGGCCGGAACUGUGGCUCAGAAACGUCACGGAGCGAUACUCGGGUCUCUACAAAUGCAGCAUAAACCCUCACAUUUUGGACAAAACUCAAUCCGUGGAUGUGCAGCUGGUUCGCACUUACCAACUGGAUGUCAAAAACACUUCCCUGGCGGCUCCUGAAUUCGUGGACUCGUAUCCUAGCAACCAAACGGUGCUCCUGGGCGGUCAGGUGGUGUUUCAGUGCAGAGUCCACAGCGAGGAGCAUCCCACAAUCAAGUGGUUCCGGCGGCAUAGCUACGUGGGUACCCAGGCAGCAGGAGAAGCCUUCCCAGGCGGAGCUAGUGCCUCCAACUUCAGCACACACAUUGUGCGCUAUAAUGGCCGGACCUACGAGUUGCUUUCCACCGCAUCCGAGAAGUUGAUGGGACCACAGCUGUAUCUCAGUAAGCUGAUUCUGGAUGGAGUGCGACUGAGGGAUGCCGGGCACUAUGCCUGCGUGGCCAUCAGCUAUAGGGGCCACAAGAUCCGAGAAGCCUUUCUCCAAGUCCAGCCUGUACAGACCGACUCGGACAUGGAGAAGGAGUACUGGCUGGACUACGAUGACAGCGACGAUGGUCCUCCAACCAGGGACCCGAAGGAGUUCCUCCUAUUAUUCCUUAUGCCCCUGGGGCUGGCGCUUCUCCCCCUGACCGUUUGGGUCAGCUAUGUGGUGUACAAACGCUGCUCGGUGGGUCACGGAGACUGCCAAAGGAUAGAUUCCGACGAAGACCUGGACACCGAACGGUGUGUCCUCGGCGGGAACUGAAAGUUGCUGACAAUCCACGCGUCAUACGCUUAUUAUGUUUAAGAGUUAAGACUGUCCGUAGGCUAGAACCCAAGUAGUGUAAAUAAGUAAGCUCCAAGACGAUGUUUUCCAACUUGCAUAUAAAAUAUAUUCUCAAACAUUCGGAGAGGAAAUUUCAA